GUGUUUCGGUCGGUGCGGCGACGCGUGGUCACGCAGGCGCGCUCGUGGGGGUAGUACGGACGUUCGCCACUAUCUCACGAGCUAUCAGAUAGGCCGACAACGACAACAGCGCCGUCGCCGACACCACCACGAUUUCGUCGACCGCGACCACCACUACCGAGUACCGGCAGUGUCCACGUCACCAUCGCGGCAACGCACCGACGGUGACGACGGUUCGAAUCCUGCGGCGUACAUCCAGCGACCGGCCGCCACUACCGGUACGACGCACGCCGUACAUUCCAUACGCACUCUGGAAGUCGCCGUGUUCUGUACGCGCUUACAGCCCAUAGGCAGGUCUGAUGACAAUGUUGUAUCGUCGUAUGGUUCGACCGAGCGGUAGUGUCGCGGCGCGUUGUUGAUCGUCGUCGUUUCACAUUUCCACGGCCGGCACGUCGACCGGUACAUCACAGCACCACCUUUUACCGCGGGACACCGUCAGAAAUUGAUCGCGUCGAGUUUUGGGGCGGCGGCAGUAGCAGCAGCAGUUAUUCACCUGCCUACCUGUACAAUAAUAUUAUCACGGCGGACACUGCAGCAGACGGCGCAUAAAUCAUAAGGUUGUCAUCGUCGGGGCUACGGCCAUCACUGUUAGGCACAAUAUGGACAAUUUCGUCGAGACUGCGGCGGCUGCCACUGAAGCAGCAGGCGUGCGGGCAGUGGCCCUGGCACUGCUUGUCACAGUGGCGUUCAGCUGCGCAUUUUUUUACAUGAUGCGUUGGGCAGCGUCGGCGUCGUCCGCCGAACGGCGGCGGAGGUCAACGCGUCACCAGCGCGGAAAUGAUGGCGACGGUUUCACACCAGCAUCCAAGCAAAAAAAGUCAACGUCGGCCGCGGUUCAACCAAAGAAGAAAAACAACAGCAACAAAAAUGUCGCUAUCCGUCUGCAGGCGUCCGCUAGCACCAACACCACUGCGGCUGCGGCUGCUACCGGCCAGAUCGGUUGGAACGGUUCCGGCAAUACAGCGAACAGUAAGAGCGGCGAUAAGAAGAAGAAAAAGGACGACGGUGACGUUUGCGCCACUGACAAUACGACGACUACGUCCGCCGGUCAUCGCGGUGCCAACAAGGCGUCAGAAACUGCGGCGGUGGUCGUUGGCAAUGGUCAUACGGCCGUUGCAGACCGUUCCAACGAGCGAAACCGCCGUGCUCGGCGCCAACGGCAGCAACAGGAGCAGUCCCGUAGUGGCGGUGAGAGUUCGACCAACAGUGGCGAUUACAACGUGGCGCCAGGGACAGCAGCCGCCACUGAAAACGACGACCAUCGUCGACGCUCGUCGUCCUGGUCGUCGCACAGCCUGCACGCCGACGAGGAAAACCUGGUCGUAGACGACUCUGUAGCCACGUACAACGAUGACGAGGAUCAAGGCGAAUGGAUCACAAUGACUAGCGGCAGCAGUGGUGCCAAUUCUGUCACUGUUGUUAACAAUAGUAGCAGUGAUUCAAAUAAGAAAAAACAGAAUCAACGGCGGGAGGAUAACAUAGUUAUAUCCGUUUCAACUAAACUUGAACGUCGACGGCUUCAACAUGAGAAAGAGCAGCGACAUGAAAAACAAGAAGAAAUUCAGCGACAAGAGAAGCAACAGCGGCAAGAGAAGCAACAAAAUCAAGAAAAGGAGCAUCAACCAGAAAAACAACCGCAAAAAGAGAAACCCCAACAACGGCGUGACAAGCAGCUGCCACAACAGCAACCGCCACAACGGCGGCGUGAUAAGCCAUCACAGUUGCAAUCUGCAAUCCCUGCAUCUUCUAUCAACGACAUUGCCGCUGCGACAACUGCAUCAGCAAAGGCAGCGGUUGCGACAGAUAAACAACCGCAGAGCCGCCGAGAUAAUGAUUUCAAGGCUGAGAUUGACGGAGCAGAAAAACGGUUGCGUGCAGAGUACGACGCUUUGGUGAAAAUUUUGCGAGCCGAACAUGACAAAGAGUCUAAGGUUUUGCGCGCAGAACAUGAAACUACAACCAAACGUCUGCGUGUGGAAAACGAAAAUUUACGAGCCAAAAAUAAUUCAGUAGCUGAGCGUUUGCGUACCGCAGAACGCGAAACAGCGAUGACAAAACGACUGCGAGUGGAGCACGAUGCAGCGGUGAAAGCGUUGACUGCGGAACGUGACGUCCAGCUGGCAGCAUUGCAGGCCAAACAUGAUACUAUGAUGAAUGCAUUGCGCAAGGAACUCGAGAACUUGCAGCAGGCUGCGUCUCAGAGUUCGCAAGUGACUCAUAAGACUGUUGUGGAAGCGACACACAUUGAUGAUGUGACGGCAAUUCAAGAUUCUGGCAAGGACAACGAGAAUCUAAAGUGCUCAGACAACGAGGCCAACGUGUUACGGGAUCUCUGUGAGAAAAACGAUAAACUUUGCAAGAAGCAGGAGGCAGAGAUUCAGGUGCUACGUGAAGAAAAUGAGAAUCUUCGCAAAGAUCACGAGGCUGUAAUUCGAGGUCUACGCGAGGAAAACGAGAACCUGCGCAUAAAACAUGAGACUUCAAUGAAGAAUCUCUGGACUGAGCAUGAAACAGUUAUUGAAGGUGUGCGUGCAGAAAAUGAAACUGUUCAGCGAUCCGCCAUGCAAAGUCUACGAGCGGAUCACGAGGCAAGGGUUGGAGCUUUACAAACUGAGCACGAAACUUUGGUCCGAAAAUUACGCAAUGAAAAUGAUGGACUGCGCAAACGACAAGAAACUACUAUGCAAAGUAUGCGUGAGCUCAAAGAUCAUAUGCGUACUGAGCACCAAAAUGAAGUCCGUAGUUUGCGUAUAAAAAAUGAGAAUAUGGUCAAAGAACAUGAAAUCGCAAUCCUUGGUCUAAAUGAGGAAAAAAAACUUCUACAUACUAAAUACGAGACAGCGGUUCAAGAAUUGCAAGAGAAAAAUGAGGUUUUGCUUAAGCAAAAUGAAGAUCUACGUGCAGAGCUCGAAACCACGAUAAAAAAUGUACGAGCUGAGCACGAGACCGCUAUGAAGGUGUUACGGGAUGAGUACGAGGCUGCGGCGGAAAUAGCAAGUCGUCUCACUCAGCAUGAUGCAGCAGUGAUUGAGGAAUUGCGUGAGCAACAUCGAACCGAAGUCGAGAGGCUCAAGUUUCUGCUUUCUGAGGAGGAGCAAUGCCGUAUCGCUAAAGCAGCGAGCCCGCAAACAUCAAACAGUCACGGCGAUAACAUAGAAAAUUCAGAUACUCAAAGCAAUAUUCUAGAAUCCAAACUAAUAUAUUACAAGCGGAUCAUUACUGAUACGGAACGAAUGCUGACCCGGUUGCAUAGGCAUGUGGAAUGCGAAAAUUCAAGGUGGUCAUCUUAUGCGGAAAACCUGCAGCAACAGUUAGACGGAGCACUAAAUAAGUUGAAUGCCCGCAAUCUACAAAGGAAUAGACAAAAGAGUCAAGACAACAGUGAAAAUGAAAACAAGGACUCCGGGGAUAAAAGUGAAGUUGAGGUAGUGACAGCGAAAUGAUUAUAUUAUAUGCUACAACAAAAGCGAAAGCGAUUAAAUAUUAAUUAUUUUUGAUUUUAUCGCCCUCAACUGAAUUUCAGACUGGGACAGUGUUAAAUAAUAAUAAUUGUAAAAAAGACAAUAAACCACGCUCAUGCGUAGGUCGCAUAUAUCAUAACUAUUAAAAAAAAAUUGUAAAUGAUAAUAAAAUAGUAAUUAUUUAAUUUAAAUAAAUUAUUAUACAAUAAUAUUAUUUACCAUACAUAAUAUUGUGUCUAAUAAACUGCUAUUUCAAUAAUGUACAUAAAAUUUUUUUUUUUCUUAAUUUGCUAGCCACUACCACUUUGUGAGUCAACGUAUUUAUCCUCCGUUUUUCACUAGUGGUAGUAGUUAUUGCCUAUUAUCUAUAAAUGUGUUUGUUUUUUUUUUUUUUUUUUACUUAUUUUUUUAUUAUUAUAUAAUUUAUUGUAUUAGGUACAAGACACAACUUCCAAAUCAA